AUUAUCUUGACAAGGUUACUUGCAUAUUCAAUCAUAUUUUUAAGAAAAAUGAUUUUAAAAUUGUAAAUUUGUUGUUAGAGGGGGUUUUGUGCAUCAGUAACAAUAACACAAGAGAGUUGGACACAUUUUUUUAAAUCAUAUGGGCUAAUGCGUCAAAUUUAAAUAUCAUGAAGGGUUUGGUUUGGUACAUUAAACGCCAUUGUAUAAGGCAAACUUAAUGUAACACACUAAAAAGAAAAAUGUGAUAAAAUAAUAGUGAAACAAAUUAAAUGAAGUGAUUAAUAUUAAUUAUAAUAAAAAAACAUCUCGCAAACAAAUAUUUUUAAGAUGAUCUUAAGACCCAUUCGACAUUGUAUAUUUGUAUUAGAUGAGUGAAAAUCUUAUAAUAACAUUAUGUUUUUCUCUCUCUUUUUUUGGUUUUAUUUUCUUUUUCCAUAUCUUCUUUGUUCCCACUUUUUAUCUUUCCCUUCCUUCUUGGAACCUGUACUUCUCCGCCUUCCCUCUUUACCAUCCUCUACAAUGUAUUCAAUAUUUUUAAUGUCAUAUUUGGGAAGAACUAAUUUGGCUGAUAAGGGGGCAUCCUUUCAAGGUGAGGGUCAAGCUGAUGGCCAGAGAAAGGCUUUAUACGGGGGCAAGCCCCCUGUGAAGAGGCUGCUCCAAGGCUUGAACCCGUGACCUCUCGGUCACACAACAAACCAUAAUUGGCGUGCAAAGACUCCCAUUUAAUUUGGACAAUCCAAAUGAACGAAUUGGCGUGACUCUCAUCAUCUUUUUCUUCUAUUUGCUGAUGAUGCGACAGACAGAAGCCUUUCUCCGGUGCAACAACGGCUCUUAACCGUUCCGGCAGUGCAACGGUGGAACCAUUGAACUACACUUGCUUCUGGAUAGAUUUGUGAGACAAAGUGUACCUUCUGCCCACCCUACGUUCUCUACUUUGGAGAGUGGGCUCAAGAGAGGGGUGUACCCUAGAAGUCAUAGACGAAGCUUUUAUUGGUAUUUUCUUAGUGUUGGGAGAAGAGGGCAACCGGGUGUCUUACAGAAAGGGAAAGCGGAAGCAUCAAAGGUGUCCUCGCAUGUAGGGGCAAUUUAUAAGGGUGUAUUUGUUUUUUAACUGUUCAGCACAUCAUUGGGUUCUUUUUGAGAAGGUUGUCCAUGAAGUUGCUUGGGAUUAUUCAUGUGAUUUUUUCCAAUGUUAUAAGCACCGGGAAAUUUUAUGAAGCCCUAUAUGACUCCACUAUGGAGUCAUAUAGCAUAUGUGGCACCAUCACAUUCAUUCACUCAUGAAGUAGGGUCCUCCACUAUAAAUCCACUAUAGAAUUGAAUGGUUGUGAUAAUGCCACAUAUGUUAUAUGACUCCAUAGUGGAGCCAUAUAGGGUUCCAUAAAAUUUUUGUUAUUUAGGAUGCAUUAUGGUGCAUCUUUGAUGACCAAUCAAUGAUUGCCCAACUCAUGGAUGAUUAUAUUUGUAUUUUAAUGACUUUUUAGAAUUCAGUAUAUGGGUCAGAAAUUGGUGAAGAAUUUAUGAUCGAUGAACGUCUUGAUGCGAGUAGUUCUUUUCUUUGUGUAUUUAAUUACUUAUUAGAGAUUAGCGAUUCUGUUUCAUUAAAAUAUACAUUUGUGCAGGCUCCUACCCUCAAGUCUUUUGCCUAUAAUGUAUUAAAAGAUGAAGCAGCUGUUAAGCAUUUAGAAGCACUUCUAAAAACCCUUUAUGAUAACUCACAACAUACUUUAAGUAGUCGUGCAGUGGAACAUUUUAACCAAGUGAAAGCUAUUUGGGGAAACCGUGACUUUAUUAGAAUCAUUCUCAAGAAUGGGACUACCCCGUGCUCGAUGUUGAGAUUUAAGUGUGUAGCUGCCCGGAAGUUGACUGAGUUCCUUGUAUUUAGAAUCAGGGAAGAUCCCUCAUUUGAUGAUAUUUUUCAACAUAUGGAACCUACUGCUAUGAUGAGG